CCAAGAGGCAAAGUGUUUGUUCUGGUUCCGAUUCCGCAGAGGGCAUCGCAGUUUGUGUGAGUUUCUGCGAGAAUUUGAGGUGGACGACGAUGGCGCAGGGCGAUGAAUUCCUCGGAGCUUGAGCGCCGCAUUCUAUCAAUCAAGCCUCCAAUCCACUUUGGGAGGGAGGGAGGGAGGGAACUUGUGCACUUGGUUGUGGGUGCAGCAGCGGUGCUGUGAGCGGCGUUGCGACGGAGAUGAAGUUCUCGGCGUAUCCAGUGGUGGAUUUGAGCGUCGCAGGGGAGACGUUGCAUUUCGAGCAAGACAAUGGAUCCAUGUACGUGGGUACAUCAGUGUGGCCGUCUUCGUUGGUGCUGGUGAAGUGGGUGGAGCAUGUGUUCGAGCGAGGGCUGUCCUCUGUGUGUGCGGGCCUGUCUCUGGCGAAUUUUGCAGGGAAGAAGGGAGUGGAUUUGGGUACUGGGGUUGGAGUCGCUGGAUUGGGGCUUGCCCUCAUGGGGUUGAAUUGCCUGCUCACAGACAUUGCGCCCGUCAUGCCCGCUCUGAAGAGGAAUUUUAAGAAGAACUUGGGGAGUACUAGCUUGGGUUCAGCAGGGAAGGCGGGUGUGAAAGCCGGGAAGGUCAAAGUGGCUCAGCUGUAUUGGGGCAAUGAGAAGCAGAUUGAAGCUCUGAAGCCUCCCUUUGAUUACGUUAUAGCCGGCGAUGUGGUGUACUUGGAGAAUAUUGUGCAGCCGUUGCUGGAGACCAUGAGUGCCCUUGCCGGGCCGGAGACCAUUAUCAUACUCGGUUAUCAGAUCCGGCAAGCGGAAGCGCAUGAGCUGUUCUGGAGGCUCUGUCCAGAGUAUUUUACGGUUGUGAAGGUGCCUCGUGAGGAGCUCCAUCCCGAGUAUUGUUGGCCAGAGAACGAGGUGUAUAUUCUCAAGAAAAAGUGAGGUGUAAAGGUUUACAGCUAGGGUUAAAUUGUAAAAUCAUCUUUGGGAUUGGUUUCCGAGGAAUUGUCAUAGCUAUGACCAGGUGUAAACUCUCGCAUGCAGUAUACCUAAUGCAUGUUUUUGAAUCGUAGUAGCGUCAACAGAAGUCGGGUUGUGAGCUGAGGAUUUGUUUAUGGUAUCACCACCAGAUUCUAAGAAUGUAUGUGCUUACUGGAAGACACAACUGGAAGCAAUUUAUUCGCUCAUUCAAAUUAGACGCAAUUUUCCAAAUGAUGAGGAUGGAGACGGCCGAGACAGAUCAGGGAGUUUACUGUUAUUUGAGUUCAGGAUCAUCGAUAUCAUCAUUGCCUGAUAAACUGAUUGGUGUAGCUAGCUCCGAACCAGUCUUCCUCAACAUCUAGGAGAGUGAUGCAAAAUAUUUGCAACCUCACCUAAUUCGUUUCCAAUUGUUUGCUGGAGCACACAAUCAGAGCCCGCAACCUUUGCAGCAAUUCACUAUUCAUCUUUCAGACCAAGACAUCAAGACUUUCCGGGUUGUCGCAGAAAGCAUGGUAUUUGCCUUAGUCUUCCUCUAACGCAGAUCAUCAGGAUCAGGUGGGAUCUCGAAUGCAAGGUCUUAAUAACCUGUGUUAGUGAAGCACACUCUUGAAGCAGAGUGCAGGGAACAGCAUAGUUAUCUGCAAUCAACGAAGGGAAGAGUAGGAGCUGCAUCAGUUUCGAGAGAGAUAUGGGGAGAGUUGGAAGGAUAUCUGCAUGUCGCAAGCUCUGCUCUAUGUGCUUGUGUUGAUCAUCGAGAAAUUGACCCAGCUCCAGGUAUUGUGACAAUGCGACAUGUGAUGAUUUUCCUCCGAGGUGAACUUGUUUCUGUGAACCUAUUCAUCUUCUGUACUGUUUUCUGUAGACCUAGAGUUAGAAACUGUUCUGUUUACAGUACCCUAACUUGUCAAGGUCAGUCUGAAAAGGCAUCAAGUAUAAUCGACAGAAAAAGAAUGAAUAUGUGUUUAGCAUAGAAAACUCCUCACACAUUGAGGUGUGAUAGCGCUACUGUUAUAAUCAUUUAGAAGGUGAGAGACGUCAUCUUUCUGAAAUUGCUUUCUGAGUUUUGUGCAUUCCGCUUGA